AUGGCACCAGCUUUGGAUAUUUCUAAUCAAAAUAACGAUAAAUAUACCCACAAAAAGUUUCAAGGAAAACGCAAUUAUGCUCACAAAAAGUUUGGAACACGUUUGGCUGCUACAAUUGCAGCAGCAUCGGAAGAUCAUACACAAACUCAUCUUCCUGUCCAACAGGAAUUUGAACAACAAAAAGUUGUACAAACCUUUAUCAACACAAAACGAUCAUCGGCUGAUAUCUUUAGACCUUAUGCUCUGCCCGAUACUACCCCCAGAAAAAGGAAACAUCAUGAACUACAAACUGAACAAACCGAAGAGUGUCUAAUGGAAGUUAAAAGAUUUGCUCCCUCGUGUAUGGCCACUCCUUCACCAUCGCCACCACCACAAGCUCUAUCACCAGUAUUACCAUUUAGUGGCCAUUUUAUGCAGCCCUCGCCCAUGAUGAUAAAUCCCUACUAUCGCCCACAACACUAUCAGUUUAAUCCCCAAACAUUUGCCUUAAUUUUGCAAAAGCAAAGGGCCGCCCUGUGCAUGGGUGAAAUGUUAAAAAGGCAAGCAAAUUUUAAUCUAUAUAAUCUUAUGGGUCAAUAG